AUGCCACUCAAGUACAACAAAGUCCUCAUCAUCGGCGCUACAUCAGGCAUCGGCCUCGCCUACGCCGAGAAAACCGUCCAGGAUGGCAAGCAAGCCAUCAUUGUGGGCAGAAGAAAGGAAAACCUGGACGAGUUCGUCUCGAAGCACGGCAGCGACAGAGCCUUCCCCAUCGUCUUCGACAUCACCGACCUCCAGGGCAUCCCCAAGUUCGCAGACGAUGUAACGAAGAAACACCCCGACCUAGACUGCGUCAUCAUCAACUCCGGCAUCCAGCGUGGCUUUAACUUCGCGAAACCCGAAACAGUCGAUCUGUCGCUGUUAGAGAUGGAGUUUACCACGAACUACACGUCCUACAUCCACCUGACUAAAGCCUUCAUCCCGUUCCUGCAGAAGCAAGACAAGGAGACUGCGCUUGUGUACACGUCUUCGGGCCUUGCGCUGGUCCCCUUGAUGAGCCGCCCGAACUACUCUGCCACCAAGGCUGCGCUGCACCACUUUGUCCUCUCUCUUCGCGAACAGCUGAAAGAUGGCCCUGGACAAAUCAAGGUAGUGGAGAUCUUUCCGCCGGCAGUGCAGACAGAGCUGCACGAUGCGAAGCACCAGCCGGACAUUCCGAAUGGAAGGCAGAUGGGGAUGCCGCUGGAUGAAUUUACGGAGACGAGCUGGAAAAGGUUGGCAGAGGGCAAGGAGCAGAUACCCGUAGGUUUUGUGGAGGGGGCAUUCGACAAGUUUGAGAAUGCAAGGCAGGAGGCGUUCUCAUUCAUGACAAAGCAGGUGAGGGAGAGGGGGCAUUGA